CAGCGAUGGCCGACACCGGGACCAGAGGGGAACAAGGCGAGAGGAAGACAGAAGCUAACGAAAACAAAGUAACACACUGGCCAUGAUAUAUGAUCGUCCGACCCUCGCGGUCCCCAUCGGCUCUUUUGUUUCUCUUGGAGCGCUCGCGUCUUGCCUGGGCCGCCCUCGCUGACCAGCCUCUCACAACGACGACAAUGCCCGCCGGAAUGCUGAAGGGUGCCAGUGCUGGAAUGCUCGGCGCGCUGGGACAAAGACAAUGACCGCGGCGAAAUUGGGGCUAACACUUCUCACGUGAUGCAAACCAGACUUUUCUUUCAAGUAUGGACGGGCCAGCAAUCUAGAUGGGCGUUGCGGAAGGCGGACGGGGUGCGGUGGUGGUUGGUUUUCCCCGUGUGGGCCGUGGGAGAUGGGAAAUGGGACGCGGGAUGUGGAUUGCAUCGUCAUAUCUGGGGGAGACAACAAGCCGGAGGUUUGACUCUUGCGGGGCGUGCAGCAGCGCGUAGAGGGAGACAAGAGAAAUCCACCAAGAGAAGCAUGAGACCCCGGCCACAGAUACCUAUUAGAGACGCUGGCAAGGGACAUCGAUCAACCAAAGAGAUGGAGCUUGCAAUGGCAUUUCUUGCUGCUUCAACGAAGACAGCUAGCUCCCAGCCCGACGCCGAACCUCUCUGUAGUAUUCCUAACAAAAUUACACAACACUUUUUGUCACUCAAAGUCCCUUUCGCAGCCUUUAAAAUGGUAAUUAUGACACGUCUCUCCCCCCCUAGCGCCGCCUGGACCGGACCAACAUCCAUUGUAUGACCUGACCUAUCACCGCUCCAUUCAGGAGAGGUAGCCUCGCCCAGCCUCGGUGCUAAGAAGUGCGGCGCUGCGGCCGGCGUCAAGGAACAGGUCCUCGCACUCCGCGACGUCCUGGAUGUCAAUCUGCGAACGGCCGUUGGCCUUUGCAAGAAUGCUGUUUCCGCCUCGUUAGUGGCCGUGUCUCGGAGGAUAUUCAGGGGGUUCGCC